AUGGAGGACCUCAAAUCGCAGGCUACGUCCGUUUCAACCCAUAGUAUCGAGCCUGCUGAGCUGGAUGAACUGCUAGAUGACUUAGCCCCAGUCUUCUUCCCAGUGAUACGUCCCACUCCGGGACACGCUCCUGAUAUCCGAAAACCUGGCAUUAUCAGAGAUGAGAUUGAUAAGCCGGAAGGUGUACAUUCCUACAAGAUUGACGAAGUUGGAAACGUCAGAGUCAAGCAAUAUCAUAAAGAUGUUGAUUUGAAGACAACCCCAAGAGAAAACGAUGUUUUGUUGCAUCAUCAAGAUCCAGACUUGAUGCUUAAAGUUAUCAUGGGACAGCUGCAACAUUAUCACUACGAACAGGACAGACAAUUUCAUCAAUGGGCAACUGAAGGUCGCCUUGUGACACGCCUGAUAGAUAUCGAGCCUGGAGACUUGGACGAUAAGAUGAGAAUUGCGAUACGUAUCGUGGACUUGAAACAAAGUCCUCAUUACAAGGCUUUGUCCUACACCUGGAAAGAGACAGCAUACGAAAGAGCUAUUCAACCACAGUGGUCACCUGAUGAUGUUGAAGCGGCUCGAAAAAUGGCAAGGGUUCUCCAUGCUGUCUACUGCGAUGACCCUUCGGGAAACGAGAGAUUCCUCGAAAUCAAUUGCGGGCUUCGAGAUGCCCUGCGGCGGUUUCGCCAUAAAUCUGAAACAAGGACAUACUGGGUUGAUCAAAUUUCAAUUAAUCAAUCAAACCCUUCGGAGCGUGCCUAUCAAGUCUCUGGAAUGCAGUUCUUCUUUAACCGAGCAAGCGAGGUAACACUCUGUAUUGGGGAAGAAGAGAAAGACACAAGUGAAGUCUUUGCUGUCCUGGAAACGAUUGCAAAAGAAUUCAAGAGGCUUGGUUUCCCACCUAAUCCAGACCAGAUAGUGGCAAACCCUCAGUCGAACUUGCCCCCCUUUGAAUCUCAUGUUUGGGUGUCUGUUCUAAACCUGUUUGAUCGGCCCGUUUUCAAUCGUUGUUGGGUUAUCCAAGAAGUGGUUACUGCCCAAAAGCUCAUUCUUUAUUGUGGAAGCUUUUGCAUCGAGUGGGCAGACCUAUCAAAGGUCGGUCAAACACUUUGUCAAAAGUCUUGGUAUCCGAGACUGCCACAGGGCCGACUACGAAACAAAUAUACGGGGCUGAUUACAUCGUCGUCCGACCCUCAACCACAGGGCAUCGAAAUGCCUGGAUUCAACACUGUGGUGGUGAUGAAUGAUCUCCGGGAUCAAUUUCAUACUCUCAAACGGAAUCCUUUGGAAAGUCUCCUCUACACCACCUUCACAUUUGAAGCCUCAGAUCCUCGUGACAAGGUGUAUUCCCUCCUUGGAGUAAGGAGCGCAAGAAUUUCAUCCAGCGAUCCCCAUUGGAUCAAAGCAGACUAUGAGAAAUCUGUCAAUGAAGUGUUUCUCAAUGCAGCAAAGGUUUGCAUUUUAGAAUCAUCUUCUUUUGCAAUCUGUGGCAUAAACAAUGGACCUUCCAGCAGAUCAAUAGAUGAACUUCCGUCCUGGGUUCCUGAUCUGACAGCUAAAGGCAUCGACCACCUGACAUCAUUUUGUCGACCACAUCCAUCCAGCCCAUAUAGUGCUUGUGGGGAUAUCCCCAUUAUUACUGCAUGGCCGUACGAAGAGCAUCCUGAUUUGCUGGUCACAUCUUCAUGCAAGAUUGAAACCAUCGCCUCUGUCUCAGAGCACUUCUUUGAGGACAUGGAAAGCUUUUCAAAUCUUAUUAUGGAAUGGAGUUCCAUGGCAUCACGUAUCGGGCCACGGUACCCUACAGGGGAGUUCACGCCUGAUGCUUUCCGCAGAACAUGCGUCGCCGAUGUCACCGGUCCAUAUCGUUAUGGCCCAAUGCCCGAAAGGCUCAAUAUUCCCUUCAUCAAGUUGAUUGAGAGGUUCUUCUAUCAUCAUAUUAGUGUGGAGGUUGAUCGCGGAGAGAAAACUUUGGAUGAUAUCUUGAGUGAAAGCUGGAAUCCGGUGAUAACAGAUCUGAUGACAGACCUUUUUAGGAUGGAAGACGCAUUGAAAUCAAUUGAGGAGGAUUCCAACGAGGGGUCUUCUGCUGAUGACGUUACAGCUGGUAUCGCCAACAGAUUUGGCAUGCCAAGCUCACCCAUUGAUAGUGCUCUUCUGGAGGAUAUUGUGUUGGCCUGA